AUGGCCUACAAACAUUAUAAGUCAGCCAUUGGAGAUCCAGGGAUGAGAAGAGAUGGUCUUAGGAUAGCCAUUGAAGCUUGGAAUCAGUGCAACGAAGUUGGCGAAGAAGCUCCCAAUAUGGGAAGUCCAAGAUUGGCUGAUUGCUUUGAUGUUGAUCAUUCAAAAUCACCAGGCAUAUCCAACUCUCUACUUGAUUUUAUCUCUGCAAAAUUUGAUCCAUGCAUGUCAUAUAUGCGAACUUAUGAACUGAGGUUAAUACACAAGGUGGAUGAGCAAGAUAACAGGCUUGGCGUAUUGAGUGGUACAUACGGAGGAAUAACAACUAAAAAACCAGACACUUAUGCAGCUGCAAAGGAGUUAUAUCUGGGUCAUAAAUGUCAAGUAAUGCAAAACAAUACAAAGCCUUGGCAAUUUUGGAUGAUCAUGCUCAAGAGUGGCAAUAUGGACACUACAGCAGCCAAAUGCCCCGAAAAUGGCCACAAGUCCAAACCUUUCCCACCAGAACCACGGUUUCCAUGCUUUGGUAAAGGAUGCAUGAACAUGCCCUAUAUAUUCCAUAACUACACCAGCCUACUGCUGAAUCGCAAGACCUUAAAAGGAAGCUUUUAUGGGACUUGGGAUUUGGAUUCUGAUGUUAGAAAUGCAGCACUUGCCAAUGGCACUUCUUAUUUCAAAGUCACUUGGGUCAAAAAACAUUUAGGGAAAGGUAGCUGGGUUUUUCACCACAAGUUGAAGACUUCUCCAAAGUAUCCAUGGUUGAUGCUCUACCUGAGGUCCGACGCCACCAAAGGAUUAUCCGGCGGGUACCAUUAUCCGACAAGGGGGAUGUUAACAACAGUUCCCAAGUCGCCCAAUUUCAAGGUAGUGUUCAGGUUAAAUGUAAAGCAAGGAGGAGGUAAAAACAGCCAAUUUUACCUAAUGGACAUAGGAAGCUGCUGGAAAAACAAUGGAAAACCUUGCGAUGGGGAUGUGAGCACAGACGUUACUCGAUACAGUGAAAUGAUUAUAAACCCUGAAACAGAACCAUGGUGCAAACCUGACGAUCUGAAACUGUGCCCCCCUUACCACACCUUCCGUAAUGGAACCAGAAUCCACCGGACAGACAAGGACAAUUUCCCCUAUGAUGCAUACCACCUGUGGUGUGCACCAGGAAAUGCCAAGUACCUGGAGGAGCCACAUAAUUUAUGUGAUGCAUAUAGCAAUCCUCAACCACAAGAGAUACUGCAAAUCCUUCCUCAUCCUGUCUGGGGUGAAUAUGGCUACCCUACAAAGAAGGGUGAGGGUUGGAUAGGAGAUCCAAGAACUUGGCAUCUUGAUGUUGGGAGAUUAUCUCAGAACCUUUAUUUUUAUCAGGAUCCCGGCACCAAGCCUGCUACUAGGCAUUGGCCAUCAAUUGACUUAGGAACUGAAAUAUAUAUUAGCGAAGAUGAAGUGGCAGAGUGGAGCGUUAGCCACUUUGACAUUGUUCUGACAUCUUGAAUAAAACCAAAAAGCAU